UCGUCGCGGUCACUAAAUGACAACGAAGUUCCACAAAUUUACGCAAAUGCCACUCCAUUUUGAAUUUCAACCCUCGAUCUUCAAAGCUGAGGAGUGAACGACAGCGACUCCCUUUUGAGUCAUCUUCUUCUCAGCCAUGCAUCAGCCGAACCGACAGCAUACUCUUCCGGAUAAUUUAGAGCGCUUGGAGAAAAAAGACAAGCAGCGUGAAGAUAAUCUUAAAUUUCUGAAGACUCAGAUAAACCAGUUAGAUGAAUCUAUACGUGAUUUACAAGAUUUUAGUGAGUCUUGGAAGGUAUCAUUGUUCAGCAAAUGUGGCUGAAACAGCUAAUGAUAAUUCUUCUCUCACUGAGGAGGAAACAAUGGCACAGAUAUUGCAGCAAGAAAACUCUGCAGCUGGUAUAUUUUGCUGGUUGAAAGCUAAUCAUUUAAGUCAGGCAUUGGAUUUGCCAUUAAUCAAGGAUGUUCUGGGUGUUGUAGCUAGUCUUGCCAGAGUUGAUGAUGAUAACGUCAGUAGGCUUCUCUCAGAGUACUUGGGAUUAGAGACUAUGCUUGCAAUAGUUUGCAAGACAUUUGAAGGUGUUAAGGCUUUGGAGAAGUAUGAUGGGGAAGGCUUAGUAAAUAGCAGAAGCGGUCUACAUUUGCUUGGAUCUUCUAUUGGGAGUAGAAUAAAUGGCCGAUUCCGUGUCAUUUGUCUUGAAGAUUUAAGACCAUAUGUUGGUGGGUUUGUAGCUGAUGACCAGCAAAGGAAACUUGAUCUUCCAAAGCCAAAAUUACAGAAUGGGGAGUGUCCGCCUGGCUUUCUUGAUUAUGCUGUGAACAUGAUCAAUUUGGAUAGGAGGAAUUUAUCUUGUCUUACUGCCAGUGGAUAUGGUUUGAGAGAGACAUUAUUCUAUGGCCUCUUCUCUCGCCUGCAAAUAUACAGAACCAGAAGCGAGAUGCUAUUUGCUCUCACAUGCAUAAGUGACGGAGCACUGUCUUUAGAUGGUGGGAUGAUCAAGAAACCUGGUGUAUUUGACCUUGGCAGUCGGAAAGAUGUAGAGGUAAAAUUUCCUGUAGCCUCUGGAAAGUCAAAUGCACCAGUGAACUACAUCCAAACUGAAGAUAUGAUCAGGAAGCUGGAAUGGGAAAGAUCUAAAUUUGUUGAGGAUAUGCAAAGAGAACAACAAUUAUUGGACCAUGCAACAGCCAACUUCACAAGGAAAGCAUAAAAAUUUUCGGACAGGAAGCUUAGCAGAUGUGAUGCAUACACUGCCUUUCAGGCCAUCUUAGCAAUGGGACUGGCCUAGUAGUUUUGUUUGUUGACUAGUGGGAAUGUACUGUACCUCUUAAGAACUAAAACUUAAAUCAGGAUGUAACAUCGUGUAAUUUUGUGACUUUGUUCUUGGAUAGAACUCAGAAGACCGGGUUUGUUUUAUGUGUGAUGGUAUUUACUUUUGUCUAGCAAUUGACGGGCUGUAUCUUUUACUCUGCAUAUGCUUGCUAAAUAUUUUGACAAUUUGGUUGCA